AUGGGAAUCACCCAAGAUUGUGUGAAGCUGAAGUGUGAUAGUCAAAGUGUCAUUCACUUGGCAAAGAAUCAAGUUUUUUCUGGAAGAUCAAAGCACAUUGAAGCAAGAUAUCACAGAAUCAGAAAUUGGGUGAAGUCUAAGGAGAUUUGGAUUGAAAAGAUUCAUACGGAUGACAAUGCCGCAUAUUUCCUUACAAAGAUAGUGCCGGCCAAGAAGUUCAAGCAUUGCUUGAACUUGAUCAAUCUCGUUGAUUGA